AUGUACACCAUUGAUGAACUAGCUGGACUUGGAGGAGAAGAUUUCACUACACAAUCUUUUUCAUCUAAUCAAAGCUUUUUGUCCUACCCGAUGUACAUGGAAACUAGUAGUACUACUACUGCUGCUGACCGGGGGUCUGGAAAGAACCUCAAACCUACUGAUAGUUGGAAUAAUCAGCAUAUAUCAUCUCCUCCCGAAUCUUCUUCUCCAUCCAACAUUUCUUCUUUGAGUAAAAAUGGUCAUAACUCGCCUACGGAUCCUCUCCAAGCAUCACAGGUCUAUGGAAACGUAGUUGAGCAUGUGAAUCCUAAAGAUCAAGAGGUGGUUUCUCCUGGAAAGAACUCGAAUGCUUUAUUGAAAGGAAACCAGCAAGGAAGAAAGAGGACUGCUGCUGCUAUGGAAAAUAACCAAAAGACUUGUACUCAGGAUCAUGUCAUGGCGGAGAGGAAUAGAAGAGAAAAGCUUAACCAGCGGUUUAUAGCUUUAUCAGCCGUACUUCCAAGCCUGACAAAGAUGGACAAAUCUUCGGUUCUUGGAGAUGCUGUAAAUUACUUGAAACAGCUUCAAGAGAAAGUGAAAACAUUUGAGGAACAAACAAUAAAGAAAACAGUAGAAUCAGUAAUCUUUCUGAAGAAAACUCAAAUUUAUGCUGAUGAUAGCGAGUUGUCUUCCUCCAACGGAAACUCUAUUGAUGGAUCCACCCAUGAUGAGCCACUAACUGAAAUCGAAGCAAGAGUUUGCCACAAGAAUGUUUUAAUAAGAAUUCACUGCGAAAAACGUAAAGGAGUGUUUGUUAAAAUACUUUCACAGAUUGAGAAACUUCAUCUUUCUAUUAUGAAUUCAAAUGUCAUCCCUUUUGAUGAUUCAUUUCUUGCUAUAACCGUAACAGCACAGAUGAAUGCUGAAUAUAGUAUGACAGUAAAGGAUCUUGUUAAGAAUCUACGAUCAGCUGUUUAA